CCUCGCGUGGCGGCUGCGGGGAGGCGCUCGCGGCAAGCCGCACGACGAGCUGGUCGUUGGCGGCGGCUACGAGGUGGACGACGGCGUUGACGCUGACGGCAGCGACUGCGAGGCGCUGGGCGAGCUGGAGAGCAUCGUGGGGUGCGACGGCGACGCUUUCGGCAAGGAGAGCAUCGUGGGGUGCGACCGCGACGUGUUCAGCAAGGACGGCAGCGGCUGCGAGGCGCUGCUCGCGAAGGAGAGCAUCAUGGGGUGCGACGGCGACGCGUUCGACAAGGACAGCAUCGUGGGGUGCGACGGCGACGCGUUCGGCAAGGAUGGCAGCGGCUGCGAGGCGCUAGACGACAGCAUCGUGGGGUGCGACGGCGGCGCGUUCGGCAAGGACGACGGCAGCGGCUGCGAGGCGCUGCUCGUCAGACAGCAUCGUGGGGUGCGACGGCGGCAGCGGCAGCGGCUGCGAGGCGCUGGACGCGCUGGAGCGCAUCGUGGGGUGCGACGGCGGCGCGGUCGGCAACAUGGAGAGCAUCGUGGGGUGCGACGGCGACGCGUACGACGGCGACGAGGUCGGCAAGGACAGCAUCGUGGGGUGCGACGGCGACGCGUUCGGCAAGGUCCCGCCCUUCCCGACGCUCUCGGAGGUGGCCGUGGAGAGCGAGCUGGAGCUCAAGGAUGCUCCUGCCCAGGAGGGCGCUCUUGGUCAGGCCGUGCUGGGCCCGAGAGUUGCCUGCUGGGCCGACGCGCUGGAGCAGCAGCAGGCGGGCGAGCAGUGCGAACAGUUCGUGGACCCGCGCGAUUGGGACAUGGUCUUCCUGGCCAACAGUGCCGCUGCCGCCAGGCGUGAGGCAGCGCUGGACGCCCGCACGGCCGCGGAGCGCCUCGUGCAGGAUGUGCUGGACGAGAUGCCCGUGGACGUCGAGGCGUUUGGGUGCAAGAAGAAGGCGAAGAAGAAGCAGCACAAGAAGUUGCUUCGGGCCGACGUCGUGGGGGCGACUGUGGGCUUGGACAGCGUGGCGGCGGAGGACCCUCGUCCUCCUGGCGCGGCGGGCGUUUGGGCUUUCCUCGAGAAGGCCUACGCCGCGGGCGUGCCGCCCGACAUCGCCGCCGACCUGGUGCGGGACCAGGUGGUCCUCUGAUGUUCGUCGUGGUGGGCCUCGGCGAGCUCAAGGACUGGCUCAGAAGUUGGGGGCACCCUUUGAUUGCCCUGGGGACUCGUCUGCCUGACGAGUGCGGAGUUCGUCGCGGUGCACUUCGGCGAGCUCGUGGCGGUCCUCCGAGGAGGCCGCGCCCGCGCGCGUGGCCGCGCGCGGGCGCCUGCGUGGCCGACAGCCCGCGCAGAUGCUUGCGAAUCCUCCUCCUCCUCCUCCUCCUCCCUCCUCCUCCUCCUCCUC